GCACCUUUCCUUGCUCGAUUCUAUUUGGGUUAAUACAAGCCACUUUUACCACACUUCAUAUGCCCAUUGCUGCGUGCCAUAACUCGUGACAACGUUUCUACAGGGACCAUAACACAAGAUCCACAAUGAGCGAAUGCUCAAGCACGGUCCGUGUUCUCGAGUAUGAAUGGCCUCUUUUCCUUACCGAUCAUAGUCAAACGGACUUCCGCCCUAGUUGCUCCGACAGUACUCCUCAUGAGUGGCCAUUCGAACUCUCGAUACCAGGGGGAUAUACCAGAAACCUUUCAGGGGUAUAGCCGGUGUAGUAUUACUUACUAGCUGACGGCCACGACGAUCCGAAGCAAUACUUCUUCAUCGACGCCUCAGACAUACAAGACCAUACGAAUCAACAGAACGCUGCCAAGUUCAGCAUUCGAGCUGAUGGACCCGGUGACAGUUGAAGGCAUAUGGAGUAAGAAACUACGCUACUCAAUAUCCGUCGGCCAUCGCGCCAUCGCCCUGGGCACAGCUAUUCCUCUCGAGAUGCGUUUCGCGCCGCUGAAAGCAGGGACAAGAGUCUCGCAGGCGAAGUGUCAGCUUUUGGAGUCGCACAAAGUUAAGGCUGGUAAAAGUCAAUUUACAUCCUUCGUCGGCGACAGAGACGUUGCCGAGUGGGAGACACCCGUAAACAAUCAUGAGAAUUUGGAGCAAAGAAUUUAUAAGACAACGCAGAGUCUUCCCCUUCCUUCCGAGCCGAAAGAUUAUUCUCCUAAUAUAGAGGCCCACAAUAUCAGUAUAACUCACCUUCUUUCUAUCGAAAUUACCAUCCAAGAAUCAGACAAUAGUCCCUUUAUAAACAAAUACCGCGCAUCACUUACCGUCGUGCUCUUUGCAUCGUCUCAGAUGCCGAUUGAUACAAAC